CAAAAUACUUCUGAUAACAACCCAGCAGCUGGGAAAGUGUAAAGUAAAUAACCACAGUCUGGUCUUGAUUUCCAUGCUGUUUUUAAUGCUAAAACAGCCAAACAGUUGUAGAACAAGUAUAAAACGUCUGCUGUCAUCAUUAAAAAAGUAUGCAAGAGCAGUUCAUCACAUGAAUGGGCAGGUAACGGACCAAAACUGACCAUGGAUAAAUUAUGGACAUAUCGUUUUUAGUUGAGCUUCAUUUGUUUUAAUUAAAUUUUUCCAAGUUCUGUGCUUUUCAUUUCUGGACUAUAUAACGUUGAUAGUGGUAGGCUAUAUUUGUCCACUUAAAUUACUGUAGAAUUUACCAUAGUAAACUGCAGUACAAUUCCUAGAUACUAGUGUUUUUGAACCUUACUAUAGUAUACUACAGUUUAUCAACUUACUACAAGCGCACUACAAUUUUUCUAUAGCAAAUACUAUAGUUUUAAAAAAAAAAUUAUUAAGUACAAAUUAUUAAUACAACAAAAUGGCAUCAUUAACUAUAUAACGGAAACUAAUCUGGUAUGGAAGGCUCAACACAGUAGAUCCAUAUUAUUCUCAGACAAAAUAAAUAUUACAGAAAACAAAAAGCAAAACAUAACAUAAACAAAGAAGAAAGUAAAUUAGUAAAUUAUAUAAAAAUUAUAUAAUUACAACAGAUUAUACAAUAUAAACAUAUUAAAUCAUUUUAAUGCCUUUUGACUUUUCAUUUUACUAAGGGCAUCUGAGAAGUAUUUUAGAUCCUUUCUAAAUACAAUAAACAGAGGAGGAGAUUUAAAAUAUCUGCAUUUAUGUAUAAAGUGUUUCACAAAUACUAUAGUACACGACAGUAAUUUCUUCGCCUGAGCGUUCAAAAUAACCGGACUUUUAUUUUGACGGGUCGUCGGGAAUACGCUUGACUGAUCGUUUCAUCUACAGGUAGAUAAGAGUGUACUAGCUGUUGUUGUUAAACUUUCUUUGCUUUUACAAAAAACGUGUAAUGAAAAGUGUUGUGUUCUGCAGACAACUCGGAAUAAAAACAGGACAGCAAACAGUUCUGGGGCACUUUUGACUACCCUCUAGUACAGGAGGAGCAUUCCCAGCGUCCUGAUCCAUCUCCGCAGCACACUGCCUCUGGAGGCUGGCAUCCCGGUACUGGCUUUCCUUCAUGGCAACCUGGUGGUACAGGUCAGUGGCAACCUCAGAACCAGGGAGCACCCCACCAGACCCCACCUAAGGCAGCUGGACCAUCCAUGCCUCACACCUCUCCACAGAACAGAACAGACCAAACUACAACGUCAGCUUCUCUAAUAUGGUGGAGCAUCACCCGGGGGCACUGGAGCGAAAGCACAGCCGAACAUGGGAACCAGGCCAAAGGUUUCGGAUGCUAAUUUCGAUGACCUGCUCUCUGGUCAGGGCUUUGCUGGGGGAAAGGGAAGAAAAGGGCCAAAAACCAUAGCAGAGAUGAGAAAAGAAGAGAUGGCAAAAGAGAUGGACCCAGAGAAAUUUAAGGAGAAAAAUAAGAUUAACAAACAUCACGCACACGCAUGCACGCACGCACAGUUUUAAGUAUGUUGCCAUUUUAUACAUGGAGAAAAUUCUUAAAAAUUACCAGUACAUUUUCGUUAUUUUCUUUUUUUUACAGUGUCGUCUAGUCUAGUUGAACAUACAGUAUCAUGUGGACCAUAACAUUAAUAUUUUCAACAGCUGGUUUUCCAUAUGACCUCAACAUUAACAUUAGACAACAGCAGUGGAUCGAACUUCAAAAUCCAGCUCUGUUUUGCCCAUCUUGGUAUCCACAUAACGUACUGCAUGUUUGACUGUAAGCGGCACAUAGUCCAGCCGAAGUUUCUAGAGUGUUCAGCCACUAAUCUGCCCUUUCUCUUCUCAGUAUAUUUGCACUUUAAUGGCAUUAGUGACCGCAAAACAGUUCCAGUGGAUUUCCAAGACUGAAAUAUGUGAUAGGGUUCAGUGGACGGUCGAGUGGAUGAAAAUGGUCUGCAUCAACAGGGUCCUUCCUGCUCUCUUCGUCUGCCUGAAAGAGGAGCAGAUGACUAAAACCAAAGGAAUAUCAACUGAAUAGACCAAUGACCAACCAUAGAAGUCCACUAAGGAGUCAUGGGACCCCGGGGCUCCUGGAAAUGAUCUCUUCUCUGGAUUAUACGUCAUGUUGUACAAUCACAUCACACAAUGACACCAGGUCUGGUCUCCAAAACGAGAGCUUGAAUCAGAGAAGAUACCAAGCGUGGAGAAGCAGACCCCUAAAGAGAGCAGUCCGGAGCGUUCCCCCCUCCUCCGCUGGAGAUGUGAGGUUUAACAGAGCAAAGUUGUUAAAUGUUGGUUAUCUGAAGGCUCUUAAGGAUUACAACUGGGACUGUUUUAUACACCACGAUGUGGAUCUCAUCCCUGAGAACGAUCAGAACUUAUACGUCUGCGAGGAACAGCCCAAACAUCCAGCGGUGGGGAGGAAUUCCACCGGCUACAAGCUGAGAUAUAAAGGGUACUUUGGAGGAGUUUCAGCCAUGACUGUGGACCAGUUCCACCAGGUGAACGGCUUUCCAAACACAUACUGGGGCGGAGAGGACGAUGACCUCCGAAUACUGAUACAGCUACAGAAGAUGACAAUAGUGUGUACGCCCGCCGAGGUGGCGCGUUACACCAUGGUCUUUCACAAGAGAGACAGCGGAUAUCAAGUGAAUAAAGACAGCUGAAAAUGUUGAAGAGAUGCGCAGACAUUAAUUCACCCAUGUCCUGAACUGCCAGCACAGCUCCAGACAUGGCGGUGAGAUCUAUGAUGGCAUGGGCAUCACUUACUGGGGCAUAGCAGCAGACGAUUCACCCUCAUUUGACAUUAGCGCCUACUUUGACACUGCGGCAAAGUUUAAAUACAUACAGCACUGAUGCCAGGAGGAACAAUCCUGGUUCUUUGCCGAUCAGCAACACUAGUUUUGGCCUAUCUGAUGCUGAAGCAGAACAUGACCCUGGUGAAAGCAAUCAAAACGGUGAAGGAAAAAGAGGCGUUUCACCCAAUGAUGGCUCCUGAGACAGCUGGUCAAACUUCCACCUCAGCUUCUGUGGCUACUUGGGAGGUAACAGAACAUGUAUUUGUCCCGAACCGUCA